ACACAAAGGGCCAGGGGGUGAGGUCACUUCUGCAAUGAGUGGGCUAAGCCAGGGAGGCGACUGCCCAAAAGAAGCAAACCUAAAUGAAACUCCAGGUGAGGGUCACCUGGCCAGCAACCUGCCUCACUAUGGAGUGCCACCACCACUAUGCCACCUGGUCACUCUCCAGGUCAGUGGGCUGAGGCAGAAAGACCAUGCAUGGAGUCUGUCCACCUCCCACAGAGAGCCAGAUCAGCACUAAGGGACAGUGUAUGCUUCUUUGUGUUCAGAAUAUCUUUAUUUUUUAAAUUUUGAGACAGGGUCUCAUUAAGUUGCUCAGGCUGGGCUUAAACGUGUGAUCCUCUUGCUCAGUCUCCCCGAGUGCUAGGAUUAUGAGUGCACCAUCACGCCUGGCUAGAACAUCGCUUUUUCUUUAUCCAGCUUCCUCCCAGAACGGUGGAAGAGAGGCUGAGAGUGAGAUUCUUAGAAAACACAGGGACAUCAGGAGUUAAACCACCCACUGCAUGUAGCUGGGACUGGAAAUAAAGAGGCCUCAAACACACCUUACAGUGGCUGUGCAAGCCGAUUCCCUGCUCUCCUCCCAUGGAGAACACAGGAAUGCGGACACAGCUCUUCACCACAGUGUUUCUGAGAUGAAUGACGACGCCUGAGCACAGUCUCUUUCAACUUGUUCUAAGUGAUCAAAGGCACAGCAGGGAAAGGGCCCCCCGCCCCACGCCACCGCAUGGUUUAAGUCUGCGCGUGGAUAUGGGCCGUGGAUACGGAUAUGGACCAUCCACGGAUUACAGGACGGUUUGAGCAGCCGAAAAACACCAACCCUUCAAAAACGAAUCAGGUCAACCUGCGCUUCCUGGUGUUAAGUUGUGACCAUUACCACCAACGCUGGCAGCAAGGGCAACAGCAAAAAUGAGCCAUCUACAGGGGCGUGUUUUCAGAAACGGGGCUCGUGUCACAGACCCGUGUUCUCCCUCCUUCCCCAGCGUGAGUCUUUGAGAUGGAAGUCCCUUUUGCCAGAAACGGCCUCUCUCCCCGAGGCUGUGUCUGCAGACAUCCUGGCUUCCUGGACCAAGCAUGGGAAAGAAAGGACACUUUUGUUUUCCCCAGUCACUCAUAUAAAUGAGCAAAGGAGUACCUUUUUCAUUGAACUGAACCUUUACCUGUUCUAAUGCGUGGUUAAGUCGAUAGCUAUUCUACCACUUUGGCUGGCCUUAAGCAUGUACCACACCUGCUAGUUUCCUUUUCUCUUUGAAAAAGAAUAACAAAAAACUAAAUUUUAAGUCCUUGGUAAAGUCUAAGGAAACAACACAGGGAGUUUCUACGCCUUUCCACUCAUGAGGCGACAGAGAUGCACCUGGCUGAGAGCGUACCCCAUCCUCCUGGGGAGCCACCCCAGCCCUUGGUCUGGGCACCUCGGUUCUGGCUCUGCAGUCACAAGACCUGGACCACAGUCGAGGUCCUUAAGAGCUGUGUGGCCGCGGGAGCCUGUGAUUCUUCAUGCUGAGGCAUCCUUCACGGGCUGAAAUGCUGUGGGUCAGGUGUCUAGGGCACUGGUAUUUAGCCUAUGGUGAUGACUCAGAAAAUGUACCUGAAAACAAAACAUCUCCACCCCUCCUAAUUUUUUCCACAGCUCUUACUGUAGGGGCAAUGGGAAAUGUUCCUUCCAACUCUGAAGGUUCUCUGGAAAAAACAAACAGUAAACAGGCAAAAAGGCACACAAAUUUAUUGAUGUGCAAAAGCGGAAGGUCACAGGGUGGCUUGAGAUUACUCAGAGAUGUACACUCCCCUUUGCUGUGGAGAAGCAGGAGAAUGGGAAUGUAGGACAUCUACUUGAAGGGAAACAGCGAGUGAUUUUCAGGGAAGCCCCACUGGGUUGGAGAACACGUUACGGCUGGGGACUGUGUCUGGUGUGCAGUUUGUAAAUGAUGCUCUGCUGGACGGAGACAGGACAGCAAUGUGUGACAAAGGCCUGCGGGUGUGUCAGCAGCCUUGCCUCCUGCCACAUGAGCUCAGCCAGUGACGCUCAGCUCCACGCAGGGGAAGGCCGGAGGUGGGGAGGAAGUCUUUCCUCAAUCGCCACUCUCCCUCUAGCUUCCCUUAAGGCAACCACACUGGCUGUGGGUCCCAGACCUCAUCUGUAUCUGGUGGGACCCAGGGUAUGGGACUCCAAAUUCAGCUGUGGGAACCUGAGGCUCAGGACUUUCAAAGCCCCUGGGGCAGAGCACCCCAUCCUGGGACACAGGGGAUCUGUUCAGGACACCCUGGUCCUGCCACUAACGGCAGACCCACAUCACUCUCUACUCUCCACACCCCACUGAUCCCAGGGUGGACAUACCCACUUCACCCUUGAAUGUGGCUCGUCAUUCCCUUAUGAAGGCUCCGUGUCAAGAGGAACACCUGCUAAACCAGCGGCUAAUCUGUCUUUGUUACCUACAUAGGCCCAGCCAAGAAGGGCAGAAGAAAAAGAGCGGCCCUCGGGCGCACUUCCUGCAUUCCUUUCUGUUUGUGCAGGGAGGGCGGCCUCAGCUUCCUCCCCAUUAGGUCGUGAGCCCCAAGAGCCCACUUUGCUUGUGGUGUGCCCAGGCCGGCGACAGGUGGUGCCCAGGCUUGGUAUUGGGAAAGAGGGGCAGGUUCCCCUCAGAGGCUGAGUCCCCUGGCUGUGCCCUUCUGCUGUAAAACUACAGCAGAGGAAACCGAAGCAGCAGCGAAAGAGGCCAGCGUGGGGCGGUUCCAGCUUUUUCCUGCUCAAGCUCCACUACUGGAGUCUGCUGAGAUCAACUGGCAGCAAACAGAUCAGCGGGAGAAAGGCACAACGAAUGGAUUUGCUAACCACAGCUUCUCAGGCUCGAAGCCUUCAGGUCCGAGGCCUGCACACUUGCGACCCGGCGUAGCUGUGCUGGACACCUGCCGGCCAGGGCCACAGGGUGCUGGAGAUCGACCCUUCCCAGCACCUGCACCCACAUCAUGCCUGCCUCACCAGGCAGCCACAGACAGGCAGAGUCUGGAGAUGAAUUACAGAUCUGUCUGCUACGGAUGAAGACAGAGCCGCUGCCCUGAGCCAGUGCUGGACAAAGCAGAGGCGUCAGCCAUUCUACACAGGUUGCGCUGCCCGCCUUGCUGACCCCUUCUUCCCAGACCUGGAGCUCAGUGUUGAUGCCAGCGGCUGUCAGGUCCCUGAAUCUCCUGCCAUCUGGCCCUCAUGGGUCCUCAGUUUUCCAGGAGAGUCCUCUGAGGUCACGCCACUGUCCUGCUAAAAAGUCCGGAUGCUCCUCCCUGGCCGGGCGCGCUCUCCACACGACUGCACCUGGCUUCCCCCGCACCUUCCAGGCCUGUGCCCGGCUUCCCUCAAACGUCAGAAUCGACUUCCCCAGCCAUGCGGUGUCUGCGCUCUUGUGCUUCCAGGAACCUCGGGCUUCUCCCCCAUGCUCCGCCCGCCUCCCCAGGCCUCGAUUUCAGAAUUCUCGUGAUGUGACGUAAUUUAUGAGCUGGCCAGGACUUGCAGAGCCAUCACCCCGGGGCCUCUGGUCUCUGCUGCCAGGCACCAUGCCCUCGACUGUGCUUGGCUUUAUUAGAGAAGUGCUGUUGGGUGAUCCGUUUCACAGAGUUGCUGAGGUUCGCCCUGCUGCUUUCUGCAUUUGCGUACAUGCCCCCAAAUGGCCACAAUUAGCCAUGUUUGGAAACCAGGCGGACAAUAGGAGUAAACCCAAAAUUGGCUGCCCUCCUAGCCCUGUGCCAGGAGUGGGUGGGGUGUGGCUGGGAAAAGUCCUCAGGAGCCACACCCCUCAGGCACCCUGCACCCCUAUGAGGACGAGGGGCCUCUGAACUACUGAUGCGGACACCUGCCGGCACCAGGAGCUCUGCUUCAGUGCCAAAGGGGUGCCUAGAUUUCCCAGGUCCAAAGCCAGCUCCUCGGCUUGCCUCAGCCUCCAUGCCCAGCCCCUCACUUCUGUCCUUGACAACUCCAUUCAGCCAGCUGAAAAGCCACACACACACACAUGCACACACCACACAUGCACACACACAUACACAUACACGCGUGCACAACACCCUCUGCAGCUUACCCUCCACCUGACCCUUCCCAGCACCUCCACCCACAUCAUCACAGCUCGAUUACAGUAAUCAGUGCCUUCCUACGGCCCGCCACAGUCCAGCGCUGCACCUCGCAGUCCACCCCUCAAUCAGCAGCCAGACGCUCCCAGGCCUCUAUUAAACCCCAAGACUUCUGAGCUCUCAGAGUGUGCUUAUGAAGCCUCUGGGCGCUGUGCUACAGCCCCCGCUGUCUCUCAGAUCCCAUUUCCUGCCAGUCUCCCCUCCCUGCACCCACUCCUCCCAGUGUGGAGGCUCCGAGCCCCUCCUGCCACAGAGCCCUUGCACACACUGUCCCCAGUAGCCUAGAAAAGGCUGCCUGCGAGCUCAGAGACUCGACCUCUCAUUCACUCAGGUCUCUCGCUCCAGGACGCCCCUCCCCACCUCCUCCCCUUUCACUUUACCUCUUGUCCCACUCCCUCAUGAAAUGUAGCCUUUCAGCCUGCUUUCUCCUGCUGGGCUGAGGUGGACCUGUGUAUACCUGGCUCUCAGACACAAAGGAAUGGGCGCUACAAAACACAGGGGAACGGUGUGGCGGUAUCAGGAUCUCUGGGGUCAUCUUCCUGGAGCAAAGUGGCCAGCGGGACUGGAUUAUACACAGCAGGCCAAACUCUGGAAUCCUGCUCUGCUCGACACCUAAUUACACGCGGGUCACCCAGAUGGCUGCCUGGAUGCCCCAGGAUGGCCUGGCCCUAUAAGCACGGCUGCCCUCUGCUCACCAGGCCCCAGACGCAUGGCUGGACACGGCAGAAUGACUGUCGGAUUCUGGUGCCAAACCAGGCACCUGCACACGCCUCUCACCUGGUGCCAACGUGCCGCUCUGCGGAUUCCACAGCCACCCUCACUCAGGGCGGCCCCUACCAGUGUUCUGCCCCGGGAAGCAAGUGAACCACAAACCCGCCCAGAACAGGAGCGCGUGUGGGGCAAGGUCUCACGUGGAGUGCUGUGUGCACAGGAAUCCGCCGCACAGCACAGCGGGCCGCGCUGGCAGGAGCGUGGCCUGAAAACGCUGCUCUCGGUACCUCUCGGUGUCUCCCUCACCAGUUCCGGUCCUGCCCUACCAUGACCCCUCUCCAUGCCUGACUGUGAUUUCUGGAGCACCACCUCGGCUUCAUCAGAUUUCCGACAGCCUAAUGAAACUGAGUUUCGAUGGGCUCCUGCGACUUCCGUUCGUCUCCAGCCUCCGUCGAAGGAGCCUUACCACACUGCCCACUUGUCUCCCCAUGACUCCCAUGAAACAGGGUGUCCCAGGAACAUCUGGUUUCUGCAGGGUCACCUUAGGGAGGCUUACGGGGCCACCCUGACCACCAAGGGGUGAAUACCCAGCUAUCUCCUGCAGUGAGGGUAAAGCCACGGAAAUUUCCCCUCAAGUCCGGGCCCAACUGGCCCGGACAAUGACCGUGGUGGGUCACGUGCCACACGGCCCUAUGGUGGGAUGUCCAGGAGUGGCCCGGCAGGGACUUCAAAUCUCACCCUCUCCUGUGGUGGGACAUGCGUGCACAUGGACAUCAGACCCAUUUCCCAGUGCCCCCUCAGGGUGUGUUCAGACCCCAGUCCUGGAGCCCGAGGAAAGGGCAUCUCCAGCUGCCACACCUGCUUGGAUGGUAGCACUGGGUCACCCUGGUGAGCAGUGCUGAGCCCCAGGUUCUAGGAACCAGGUCUGUGCUGGGGACAGAAACCAAGCAGUGUGUUUCUGGGAAACGGGUAUCUGAGACACACAGACGGCACACAAGCCCGAUGGCCGGGAGCUCCGCAGUCAGGCCUGACCGUCCUGCAGGGCUGCUGCUCCAGGAGCACCGGGGCUGCGGGGAGGACAGGAACUGGACUGCAGCGGGUGCACCCCACCCCCACCCCUGGUCUACGCCAGGCGGGCCGCGUGAUCAUCUCCGCAGCAGACCGACUCCAUCACUUCCUCGCUUCCGGCAAGCACAGGGGACAACCGGAACUUCAUGGCUCCAGUGUCCAGUAUGGCUGCUGGUUCCUUCAAGACUUCUGCACUGCUCAGGACCCUGCUUUCUCGAGAGAGCCCUCCAGGGCUCCCUAUUUUGGUUACAGAACAAUCUUCCCAUUCCAGAAGGACACCUCCAAUCAGUACCUUUGCAGGUGGACCCCCGCUUCUGCUCAGAGCCCUUCCAGGACCCUCAGCGUCUUCUGUUUCUGUGGCUCCACCCUGUGCCUAUCCUGAUCACCUGCUUUCUCCUCGCUGUUUCUCCUUGGUCCUCUACCUCCCGUUUCCUUGGAAGCUGCUUCCCUGGCAGCUCUGUCUUGUGAUUUCCCAGCACCCGGCACCGGGCACCAAGCACAGAGCCCAGCCUGGCGGGUGUGCAGGCCAUCUGCCACACCACCCCAAGAGAGUACGGGUCCUGCACCCUCACCCUGCUGCUUGUCACCAGCUGGGAAGAAUAGGCAGGGUUUCCUGUAUGUCUCUGGGACAUGGGGGAACGGGAUGCCCAGAGACACCCCGUGUACUGGUUGUGCCAUGUGUGUCCUGGUGGGUACCCUUCAUCUGUCGCCCUCCAUCUCACCCUCCUACUGAAAACCACGAAGGGUUCAGAGACGAACCCACACACGCCACUCGAGCGCCCGCCCAGUGUGGGAUAAAGAGGCUGCUCAUGUCCACAGUGGUUUGUGGUCGGCCCCGAGUCACCCAUCCUGUGACACAGCCUCCCAUAGACAGGCGGAAAGGAGGGUCUUGUGAUCAGCCGGGCCAGACACGCUUCCCAGCUUGGUGCGCAGCCAGGCGGGGAGCACAAAGAUCUCCGCAGUGUCCCAGCAGCCGUGCGCCCGUGAGGCCCAUUCAUCUGACCGGGCUGCCUGGGGCUCCUGACUCCAUAGGACUCCACGGAUACAUCACCCAAGACACAGAACGGCAUGAGGAGGGCGUGUGACUUCCACACACUGGCCCCCGAUAUUUCUCCUUAAAGAGAAAUACAAAAAUAGAUCCAGUUCUUUAAAUCAGUCCACUUUUGCCAACUGUUAUUUCAAAGGGAAUCUCUCUCUCACGACCUCAGACAGACCUGAAGUGUGUUUUCUGAGAACUCAACUGAGCAUUUCAAGCCAACCUCAGGUUCCUCUCUGGGAGGGCAGGUCUGGCGGCCCCACUCCUACUCAGGCAAGGCAUGGAGGCGGCCUGCACUGGAAGUGGCGGCCCCGUCCUGAGGCUCCGCUAUGGAGCUCAGGUUGAAGUGUGGGGUUGGAGCGGCUGGAGUGGCGGCAGCUUCUAGGCUCUAAUGUGGUCCCUUGUUUCCUGAGGGUCCUCAUCAGUGACUCCCACGUGCCGUGUCUGAGGCUCCCGUUCAAGACAGGCAUUUAAUGGGGACAGGACAAGGGGAAUGAAGACCAAGGAGCACCAGCUCACCAGGAACAGCUGGAACUCGACCAACACUGUCCCCGGGACACCAGCAACGCUACCGCGUGCAAACCCCGAGGGAGCUGCCGAGAAGGGCGAUGGCGGGACGGGGCGUCAGGGCCUCCUUCCUCACUUCCUGGAGAAGGGCAAAGGGCAGUCUCAGGGCCCUGUGCCACAUCACUGAGAACCUGGCGUCCCGGACAGUAAGCAGUCCGUACAAUUCCUGCCACGAAUGAAUGAGGGAAUGGAUCUCUGUGCUGACGAGCCCCAUGCUCCCGAGCUGCUAAUCUAGAUGCGCAGAGCAGUACGCUAAGAACACAUCCAUACACCACCCACAUCUACUAGGGGAAGGAAGGAGGGCUGAACCAGUACCGUCCUGCCUCUCUAUCGCCCCUCAAACACCUCUGUCCUUGGGAAAUGAAGCGUGCGCAGAGUGUUUACAGACAGAAGCGGAACCCCCCACCGCCCGACACUGGAGGGAGUGUGGACCUCUUCGAUGGGAAACAGCGCUGAAAUGCACUUUCUUAGACUAUUUAACUGAAUGGAAAGCCCAUACAGUGUACUAUUGGGAUAAAUUAAAUUCACACGUUGUACUCUA